AGCGUCAGUGGUUGCCAUGGCAACGCCGAACUCAAGAAUGGCAUUAUGGGAGUGACGUCACAUCGUUGUUCCGUCAUGGCGGCCAUGACCGUGUUAUCAAAGAGGGCCCUUUCUUUGAGUUCGGCUGUCCACCAAGCCGUGCAAGCCAGAUGGAUAUCUACAACAGUAUGCAUUCCACAGAAGGAAAACUGGCUAAACAAAUUACUUGUACGAAAAAUAGAGCCAACAAAGGAAUCCCAUAGUAGGAUGUUAUCUGAUAAAGAAGUUAUUUAUGAAUUACAAACACACAAUCUCAAACCAGGAUGUGCAGAUACUUACCUUAAAAACUAUGAAGAAUAUGCUAAAGGAAUUAAGGACAAAUCGAUGAACCUAGAACUCCAAGGGUCAUGGACUGUGUGUGUUGGUGACCAGGACCAGUGUGUUCACUUGUGGAAGUAUGCUGGAGGUUAUGGAAAUAUUGAUAAAGCACAUAACACUUUUAAGACUGAUUCUGAUCUUUCAGCCCUCAUUAAGGACAGAAAUCAGUAUUUGAGACAACGUUCAAAUCAGUUUCUCCUGCCAUUCAGCUUUUGGCCCCCAGUUACACCACGUGAAGGUGGCAACAUCUACGAAAUCCGAUCCUAUUUUUUAAAGCCAGGUACAAUGAUUGAAUGGGGCAACAACUGGGCAAGGGCCAUUCAUUUCCGCCAAGCAAAUAAUGAAGCUUUUGGUGGAUUCUUCUCUCAAGUGGGUCGACUGUACAAUGUUCAUCACAUCUGGUGCUACAAGAGUAUGGCGGACCGUAAGGAGAACCGAGAGUCUGCGUGGCGUAAACCUGGUUGGGACGAGGUUGUUGCCUACACUGUGCCCCUAAUAGAGGAAUACUACUCUCGUAUCCUCUUGCCCAACUCCUUCAGCCCUACGAAGUAGGCCAGCCAAUUAACAUACCUUAUCCCCGUGACCACCUCGAGUUAUGAUUCAUUUGAAGGAAGGAAAGAAGCCAGAGAAAACGCAUGGCGUCACCCAGGUUGGGAUGAAGUUGUGGCUUACACAGUGCCACUCAUAGAUGAAAUGCAUGCGAGGGUUCUCGUCCCUAAUUCAUUCUCACCCGCACAGUAACUGAAGUAAUAUGGAUUUUAAAGUUGUCAAUAGACCAAGGCAUAUGGUAUAGAACACUGUAUAUAAGUAAACAGUAGAUGUGGAAAGAUUGAUGUGGUUGUCUAGAUGGUACUGUAAUGUAAGGAAUGAAGAAUGAAUAAGGAUGUAUAGAAUAUCAAAUGAACUCUGUACAAAGCUAUUUUUAGAGCUGCUUUUUAUUUCGGAUACAUAUUUCAAUUGUGAUACAAAAUGACUGUUGGUUAUGGGCUAAAAAUACCGCUGCGGUUAAAUGUUGCUCGAUCGCUGUAUGAUUACAGCAGCAUUAUCCCACAUCUGUUGGUGAUGAAACUCGAUGCUGUGUACAUAUAUAUAAUUUCUUGUAGUCACUUCUUCCAAUGAUUGUUAAAUUUUCUCACCCUCACCCACAGAACUGUUGAUCUUCAAAAAUCUCUUAUGGAACAUGUAUAGCUUCAGUAUUUCCAAUCUUUUUGUGUUUGUCAUCACCAAUGACAAGAAGUUGAUUCUUGGUUUAGAUUUUAUUAAACGUGAAAUUGGAUAUUGUGAAAUGUAACAUUUCAUGUUUUUGUUGUCUUGUGUAUUUUACUCUGUAAUCAAAAUAUAACUUUUAUUGUUAUUAAGUGCUUUCAUUUUUGUUAGUUUUCUUGAUUUUUGUUAGCUUAAAAUAGUUUUGUUGAAGAUUGUCACAUUUUACCAUUAAAUAUUGUAUCUGAAAUAAAUGUAAAGAAUGUGGUUGAGAUUGAGGGCAUCAUUGCUUAAGGUCUUUGUUUUAGAUAACUGAAAUUGACUCACUUUAAAAUUAAACCUGUUGAAAAAGAGACCUGUUACCAGUAUUGCAGGUUUCUAAGGUAUUUGGUCUGGUGAAAUCUCUUAAUUAUAAAAAUAAAUUUAGGAGAUUUAAGCUUUGAACAAAUGCUUUAGUUGCAUCAUAUACUGGGACAGUUUAAACAUAUUGCUACUGUUCAUACUUUGAAAUGUUGUGAUAUAAAGACUGUACAUUUUCUGUAAGUAAUAUUACAGCUUUGAAACUUUGUAAUU